AAAUUGUGAACAUUUUCUCUCUCCUCUCUCUCUCUCUCUCUCUAUCUAUCUGUUCACACUAAUUCUGUGUUCUUUCAUCUCCGUCUCUAUCUCUUGUGACUUUCCUGAGGUAUCUAUCAAUCCAUACCAUAAUCAAAAAACGGGCAUCUGGGUUUGUGUAAGAAAUGUAUCCCUGUGGUUACGUUGCUGAAGUCACGAACUUGUCUCCUCAAGCCACUGAGAAAGAUGUUCAUAGCUUCUUCUCUCACUGUGGAAUCGUCGAGCUCGUCGAGAUCACUGGGUCCGAAGGUGAUGCUUUAACGGCCUAUGUGACCUUCAGAGAUGCCUAUGCUUUGGAUAUGGCCUUGUUGCUUACCGGAUCAACGAUCGUUGAUCAAACCGUUUGGAUAUCUAUGUACGGUGUCUAUUUACACGAAUCCAACAAUCUCACACAAGAAGAAGAUUCGUAUAGUGUAACGGUGACUCAGACGAACGCAUUUGCUUCAUCGCCUGGAGAAGCAGUAACCAUAGCUCAACAAGUCGUCAAGACAAUGAUCGCGAAAGGCUACGUUCUAAGCAAAGACGCGAUCGGUAGAGCCAAAGUUUUGGAUGAGUCACAGAGAUUCUCAAGCUUGGUAGCGACCAAAUUGGCAGAGAUGAGCCACUACAUUGGCCUCACACAGAACAUUCAGUCGAGCAUGGAAGCCGUGAGAUCAGCUGACGACAAGUAUCAUUUCACGGAUUUCACAAAGUCAGCGGUUCUUGUCACCGGAACGGCUGCUGUGGCCGCCGCAACCAUUACAGGGAAAGUGGCUGCUGCUGCAGCGACCAGUGUGGUCAACAGUCGAUACUUUGCUAAUGGAGCUUUAUGGUUCUCAGAUGCUUUGGGCCGGGCUGCUAAAGCUGCGGCCCAUAUGGGUGGUGGAGGAAGCCAUUAAUUUUUAAAAUCGUCUUUGGGCUUCGUUUGGAUACACAGUUACAUGUCUAUAUAUAUAUGUGUGAAUGUGGUUUUAAGCCAUGCAUAACUGGAAAAAGAUCACUGACAGGAUAUUUUCUAUAUGUAUUAUGUAUUUUCUUUUGUUAGAUUAUAGAGGUUAUACAUGGAAUGUAAUAUCUAUGAAUAAUAUAAAUAAGCCUAAAACUUAAUUUAUGAAAGAAUGAUGGGUCCUAGAAA